AUGAACCCAAUAGUCAUCUUGUUGUGUGCGCUGUUGGCCGUAUCCUGCCGAGCGACCACCACCGACCGCGAGGACGUUGCCGGCUCCAAGGAGGCCGCUUUGGCCACCUUUCUGCAGCCGCUCGAAGUGAGACUGCGUGACGAUCGUAUUCUGCCGGAGCGAAACGCAAGGGAACUGAGUUACCUGGGAACAGGAUACAACUACAGUCCGUACACGGCGGGUCAUUACAAUCCGUACAACCCGGUGUAUGGUGGACUGCAUGCCCAGUACAAUCCGUACAGUCCGUACGUCGGUGGGUUGAGUGGGUAUGGCUCCGGUGUCGGUGGUUUCGGAGGAGUUGGAGCAACCGGUGCAGGUGGUUUCAUUGGUGGUGGCCUGGCCGGAGGGCUCGGUGGAUAUCCGGCGGGUGGACAGCUUGGAUACGGCAUCGGACAAAGCGGCUAUUCGUACUCAAACGGCUGGAACGCCCUUCAAAGCCCGGUUGGAUACGGCAAUCAGCUCGCCGGGUACUAUAACCGAGGACUUUACGUAUGA